UACGGAAUAGUUACAAUGAAGGCGAUCCUUCUAGCACUCGUGUGUUUAGGUGUAACAGCCGCGAAACCGACCGGUGAUGAAGAUGUCGUAGGUUCAGUCAUCGGUGUGGUGAAGAAUUGUGCUGAAGAAGAUGUUUCUUUGUGCCUCAAGGAACGAGCACUCAAAUACGCAGAGAAUUUGGCAGCGGCUAGAGAAGUAAGCAUCACUGAUGGGAUCAGCCUCAUUGGAACUGGAUCUUCAAGGUCGGCGAGGUCAUUUGAACCUUUAUCCGAGGAACCAAGGGCCAGAGAGAACCAGGUAGAAGGCAGACUUAUUGAUACCGCCCUUGACUUCUUCGAGAACCAUGUCAUACAGUUGAGAGUACCAAAGGGCGCGGUUGAAGACGUCAAAAGGUCACUUGAGGAAGGCCGUGGUAAGAAGAAGAAGUUGAAACAACUCCUUCCCAUCUUUGCCCUUCUGCAGUUGAAAAUCCAAUCUCUCAUUCCACUCUUCCUUGGCAUCAUAGCCUUUGCAGCAGUCAAGGGAUUAAUGCUGGCUAAAGCCGCGUUACUUGCAUCCGCUCUUCUAUUACUCAAGAAAUUAUUAUCUAAAAAUGAACAUCACGAGAGCUACGAAGUGGUUGCCCAUCCUCAUCAUGAUGAACACUUCAGCCAUGGUAGUGGUCACGGUGGAUGGGGAAGGUCUCAAGAUGCACAGAAUCUCGCCUACAGUGCAUACUCCAAUUAAACCUAAGAUAUUCCAAAUUAGGUACUAAGUCUAACGGACCUCAAAUUUUGAGAAUUAAUUUAUUGUUAUUUAUUUAAAUUAUUUAGUGAAACUAUACCUUAACUAUUCUUACGCAUCAUCAAAAGCUAAAACACUACAUUGUACCUGUUUUAUUAUAAAGUACAAAAUGUUAUUUUAAGUUUUUUUUUAGCUUAAUUUUGUUCUAUUUUUUUCACAUUCAUUUGUUUUUUUGUUUUGCUUUUAUAAUUAUUUAUGCCUUUUGUAAAUAUGUUUCGUAUUAAUAUUUAUGUAAAAUAUUAUUUUUUGCAUCUUCAUUUAUUCAUUAUAAAAUAUUUAUUCGCUAUUAAGUAUUUAUAUUUAUAUAUGUAUGUUUAUAUGAUGAUGCUCUUCUAAUUUAUAACUUCGCUUUCACUUUUCGAAUUAACUUUAUGAAUAAUUCAUAAAUUAAUAAACAUUCAUAAAUUAUUUUUUAUUAAAUUAACAUAAUAACUAAAGUCAUUUAAAUAUCAAGAAAUAAAUAUUU